AUGCCUGGAGAUGUGGAGAUUGGCUUCUUUAUGCCCUUCUCCUUACCUGAAAUGAGCAAAGUAACAGGGGCAGCGCGGUUUCAGAGUCCUCCUAAAAAGCCUUGUAGGGAGUUUGAAGUUUUUGAAAAGAAUUACCAGCAAUACUUCACGCCUAAAUUCACUCUACGUGAGAUUAACAGGAAUCCCAAUCUGCUGCCCAACAUUUCCGUGGGAUACCGUAUGUACAACUGCUAUUCCAGUGAAGAAAGGUCCUUGGAGACAUACCUGUGGUGGCUGUCUGGAACAAAUCAGUUCAUCCCUAAUUACAACUGCAGAGAGCGAGGAAAGGUUGUGGCUGUCAUUGGAGGAGCCUCGUCAGCUCUCUCUAUUGAGAUGGGGACCCUGCUUGACCUCUACCAUUUACCCCAGCGCUCCUCCAAUGGCUGCCACAUCUGCUGUUUCUUCAGGUGCUAUAGAGUCAAUGGCUGCUGUAUUGAGCUCCUGCUUUACACCAAGUACUUUGAAUGUCAUGCAGAUGGUUUGUACCGCUCACUGAUGAGCAUUUCUCCUCUUUUUCAGCUGCACUCCUACCUGAAGAACACCCAGUUUGAGAAUGUCGUUGGUGAGCAGGUGUUUGUGGAUGAGAACAGACGCACAGAGGCUCACUAUGCCCUUAUGAACUACAUAUACUUCGAUUAUUACAAUGAUCAUCUUCUCUACGUGGGGGACUUUAUCCCAGAAGCUCAGCUCAGUCGAGAGUUUACAAUUUGUGCAGAUGUCAUAGUGUGGGACCCAUGGAGUUCAAAGAUUCCCUCUGCUGUAUGUAGUCCCAGUUGUCCUGCUGGAUCCAGGAAGUUGCCUUUGGAGGGGAAGCCUCCUUGUUGCUUCAACUGCUCCCCAUGCUCAGAAGGAGAAAUCUCCAGCCAUAUGGAUGCCGAGAAGUGUAAGAAGUGCCCAGAGCAUGAAUAUUCUAAUGAGCAGAGAGAUCUCUGCUUGCCCAAGACUGUGACCUUCCUGGAUGUGAAUGAACCCUGGGGGAAGGCAGUGACAGCUGUAGCUGUUUCACUCUCAUUGCUCACCGCCCUGGUUCUGUGGGUCUUUGUGAAGUUCCAAGACACUCCCAUAGUCCAAGCCAAUAACAGGAACCUCAGCUACCUGCUCCUCACCUCCCUUUCCUCCUGCUUCCUCUGCUCCUUGCUCUUCCUGGGCCGUCCCACAACGGCUUCCUGCCUUCUCCGACAAACAGUAUUUGCAGUUGUGUUCACGGUGGCUGUUUCCUCCAUUCUGGCCAAAACCAUCAUAGUGGUUCUGGCUUUCAGGGUUACAAGGCCAGGGAGCAGGAUGCGGAUGUUCCUUCAUCCCAGAGUGCCCUACUGUGUGGUUCUCAUCUGCUCCGGAAUCCAAGGGCUUUUCUGUGCCAUCUGGUUGGGGACCCAUCCCCCCUUUCCAGAGGCAGACACAAGCUCUGAAUCCAGGCACAUCAUCCUCACUUGUAACGAGGGUUCUGCCUUUGCAUUUUACUGUGUCCUGGGCUACAUGGGCUUUCUGGCCCUGGGCAGCUUCACCAUAGCCUUCCUGGCCAGGAACCUACCUGAUGCCUUCAACGAAACCAAGUUCAUCACGUUCAGCAUGCUGGUGUUUUGCAGUGUCUGGGUCUCUUUCCUCCCCACAUAUCAGAGCUCCAAAGGGAAAGCCGUGAUGAUCGUGGAGAUCUUCUCCAUUUUGGCCUCCAGUGCCGGGUUAUUGGGCUGCAUUUUUAUUCCCAAAUGUUUUGCAAUUCUCCUGAUAUUGUGGGAAAAUAGCACAAAACAGAACAAGAAUCAAAGGAGUUCCAGGAGCAAGAAUUCUUCUUCUUUUUUUAGUGUGAUAUCUUUAUUUUCCCCUUUCCAUGUAAAACAAUAUUUUUAACUUUUUAAAAAGGUUUGCCUUCCCCAUUCUCUCCCUUCUUGCCCAUCCCCAGAACCACUGAGAUACCACAUGUGCAGUUACACAAAAUAUUUAUAGAAAUGCCUUGCUGAGAAAUAUACAUGCAUCAUUCCUUGGGUUAAUAAAAAGAACUCCUAAAAAUAAAAUUUUUACAAACUGUGUAACAUCCAACAGUUUCAUCAU